AACUUAACUCUGGCAACGCCGACAGCAUGCUUCUAACAGCUUUCUGUCUCCUUUUUGCCGCAUGUGGCACAUCUGUUGUUAAAUCAUCCAUAGACUAUGAUGAUUCCUAUUCUGAUGAAGAUUCGCAAGAAAACAAGCAAGAUUUUGCUCAUUGCGACUCGUCGAGCAAUUGUCUUCGACCGAACUGCUCCUGUUUUGGAGCUGUCCCGCUUGAUGGUGAUUCGAAGCGAUUGCCCCAGUUCAUCAUGCUGACCUUCGACGAUGCCGUGAACACUUUGAAUGUGAAGACGUAUCGUCUGAUUGGAGAUGGAAGGAACAAUUCAAACGGUUGUCCCAUCACCUCCACGUUCUUCGUGAGCCACGAAUACAAUGAUUAUGAGUUUGUCAACGAGAUGUACAACAGAGGACACGAUAUCGCAGUCCACUCUAUAACGCACGAGAGCAAUACCGAGUUGUGGAAAACUGCCUCCUUAGAGCGCUGGACAGACGAGAUGGCGGGCAUGCGUGACAUUCUUUCACGUUACGCUCUUAUCCCCUCCACGGAGAUACAAGGCCACAGAGCACCCUUUUUACAGACCGCGGGCGACGUCACCUUCCAGAUGCUUCAAGGGAAUGCAUUCGCCUAUGACUCGUCCAUGCCUACCAGAGUCUUCAUGGAACCCCCCACUUGGCCUUAUACUCUAGAUUUCGGUUACCCCCAGGAUUGUCAGAUACAACCGUGCCCGAAGAAGGCGUUUCCCGGUCUGUGGGUGUUUCCCAUGGUGCAGUGGCGACGAAUUUCCAAACAGGGAAAGUCAGUGGUCACCUUCCAUUGCUCGAUGCUGGAUGCCUGCACUCCUUACCCGGAGACCGAAGAAGACACCUUCACCUACUUGAUGGACAACUUUCACAGACACUACUACACCAGCAAAGCUCCCUUUCCCGUCUUUCUUCAUGAAGCGUGGCUACGGAACGAAAACAGGCUCAAAGGAUAUCUGGCUUUCUUAGAUAAUGUGCUGAAGAUGAACGAUGUUUUCGUAGUGAGUAUGCGUGAGGUCCUGGAAUACAUGAGGAAGCCGGUAGAUCUGGAGGCAUACAAGAGCACGAAAAGAUGCUUUGCCGAAACCCGAGGACAAGCGGGGAAAUGCAACCCUGUCGUCUGCAACUACCGCAAAAGGAACAUUCUGAUGAAAAGUUGCGUGUCCUGCCCGAAGAGAUAUCCCUGGUUGAAGAAUACGAAAGGCGAGAUCAUUAAAACCUGAACUUUUUGUUAUUUAUCGGAAAGACGCUUGAAAUGUUUAUUUUUGUAAUGGUCUUGCGUUCCUAAUCGAUGACAUGAUUUUCAAUAAAUUAUACUAAUUCGUUUCC